AUUCAACGACCCAUUCCAAACAUCUGACAUGGAUUUCAAAAAUUCUUAUGCAACUCUAGUUAAGGGUGUUCCUUCUUUUGACUUUAGUGGAGGGUUCCAGCCUGGUGAGCUUCUCCUUACAGGAGAUAAAGCUUUUCCCGUCCUUGUGAGUGCAAAUGGGCAGGUGCUAAUUGCUGGAUCCCAAUAUGGGAAGGGGCGCAUGGUAGUUGUCUCCCAUGAAGAUGUUCUGAAAACUCCCCAGUUCUUGCCAUUCAUUAGAAAUGUUUUGCAGUGGCUCAAGCCCUCAGUGGCAUCGCAGGUGGGUGUCCAUGCAAGCUUGGAUUCCCUCUCUCAAAUGCUCCUCCGUGAUGGUGUGAAAGUGCAGGUAGGGGCAGCGGUGGGGUCUUCCCUAGGGGUCUACUGCACAGAUGCCUAUGAGGAGGUGCACGCAGAUGACCUUGUGCAGUUUGUGAAGAGAGGUGGGGGCCUGCUUAUUGCAGGGCAGGCCUGGCACUGGGCAAGUCAACAUGGCAUGAAGAACGUGCUGCUUGGGUUUCCUGGCAACCGGGUGGCGAGUGUGGCUGGUGUGUACUUCACUGGCAACGUUGGAGGCAAUGGGGUCUUCCCUGUGUCCGCACAAAUGCCGAGGAUUCCACUUAUCACCCAGCAUGGAUUAGAUAUCCAAAGUGAUUUAACAGCUCUUCUCAAUGGAGUGAAAGAAUUCAAGAUACAGGAUGGUGUUCCAUCUCAGCUGCUAAUCCACGGAGUCUUGGCAUUUCCAGUUGCCAUAGAUGAUGCUCAGCAGUCAUUUCUUGCAGCUGCCCACUAUGGGAGGGGACGGGUUAUUGUAAGUGCUCAUGAAAACCUGUUUACCACACCAUCAAUGAAACCUUUCAUCCUCAAUGCAAUCCGGUGGCUUAGUUCUGGGAAGGGAGGAAAGGUUGGUGUUGGAGAUUAUCUAGAGGACCUUUACUCCAUGCUAGAUCAAGCGAAGAUCCCAUGUGAGCUAACAGACCUUAAAGAUGGCCUCAGUGUGUAUUGCUGUACAGCCUACUAUGACACAGAGGUGGAAAAAAUCCAAGAGUUUGUCUCUGAAGGAGGUGGUCUCCUGAUUGGCGGACAAGCCUGGUCAAGUGCUGAUGAAAAUACUGGUUCCAGCAUUAUUGCUGAGUUUCCAGGAAACAAAAUACUGGAGAAAUUUGGAAUUGGGAUCCUUGGAGAUCCCAUCAGCUCAUCUGAUGAAAGCUUCCCAGCUAGACAAGCCAGAGAAGUUGCUUUGGCAUAUCACUUCCGGAAUGCGUUCUUUCAGUUCCAGCAACACAUUCAGAACCGUCAAGCUCUGAAGUCGCCCUAUUCCUCAUGGCUUAAGAAGCUAGGACAAGAUUUGGUUACACUGAUAAAGAUCCCAGCUGCUGACUCCCCUACUAUAUUCUCUGUGCACGAAGAUCUGAUGGAGCUGAUGAAGUCCAGGGGAAUUCCUGAGAUCAGUGCAAGCAACCCCAUCAAAUCCAGUUCAGAGGAGGCAUUUUUUAUCAGGCUGUCUUCAGAGCUCUACAACGUUUCCCCGGAAUUCCAGAAUCUAGUGCCCGGCCUCAAUCAACAGAUUGGAGCAACUUACCCUAUUGCCCCUCCUCAAACUAUCAGAAUAAAUGGAAAGAAUAAUGGAAAUGAAGCAUGGAGAAGCACGGGCCUGUAUGUCCCCCCAAUGAAAACAGCCAGCUUGCUAUUUCCCUACAAUGCCAUUGGUGCCAAAUUACAGGUGCAGAUCGGUUGCCAUUCGGAUGACAUAAGUGAUGCUGAGGAGCUGAAACGAGCUCCCGUCGUAACAAGGAGGUUUGAAGUUAAGACUCAGAGGGUGGAAGUCUCCAGCCUGUGGGGUGGCCUCUUGUACAUCGUUGUGCCAGAGAAGUCGUCAGUGGGCCUGAUCUCUGUUACCAUCGAAGGAGCGGUCCAGGCACCUUAUUACAAACAUGGUGAAACUAGCACGUCUGCCUGGCAGAACACUAUCCGCCACUUUCCUGCUCCCUGGGCUGAGCUAGAAACCGCAAACGUUAUUUUGACAGUGCCAGCAGACAAUGUGCGGACUAUGGACAAUCCUGGGAUUCUUCUCACCAUCUGGGACGACAUGAUGAAGGCAGUGGCCAAGUUAGCAUCCGUCCCUGCUGUUUUCCCCAGGCCAGAGAGAAUUGUGGCAGAUGUUCAAAUAUCAGUUGGUUGGAUGCAUGCUGGCUACCCAAUCAUGCUUCACUUGGAGUCAGUGCAAGAGAUGAUAGAUGUGCAGUCCAUACAUGCCAAUGGCCUAUGGGGCCCCAUUCAUGAGCUAGGGCACAACCAGCAGCAGGACGGAUGGGAUUUUCCACCUCACACCACUGAAGCCACCUGCAACCUAUGGUCUGUCUAUGUAAAUGAGACUGUCCUGAGCACCCCAAGAGAAAGGGCCCACGAGGAACUUCUGCCGGAGCUCAGAAAGACAAGGAUUGAAAAUUAUAUUAAAACCGGCCAACUAAAGGACUUUGAGCUGUUUACUGCACUGGAACCAUAUUUGCAGCUGCAGGAGGCAUUUGGAUGGGAGCCCUACAUGCGCAUUUUUGCCGAGUACCAGAAAAUGACCCAAAUCCCAGAAGACAACGAGUCCAAGAUGAAUCUGUGGGCAGAAAAGUUCUCCCAGCAAGUGAAGAGAGAUCUAGGCCCUUUCUUUCAAGCCUGGAAGUGGCCUAUUAAGAAAGAGCUUUCUCAGAAGCUGGCCAGAACCUUCCCCGCAUGGGCAGAGAAUCCAAUGAAGCAGUAUGUGUCUCCAUAAGGAAUCAGAAGUGCUUGGGUCUGAAUGAAUGAAUCUGAAGGACACAAUUAAAUUGAAUCAACUGCGAGAUGAAUUCCGCUUAAAAUUGCUUGCUGCUGAUUUGGGUUUGAUGAUUUGCCUAAUGCUUUUUUU